UGCAGGGAAUUGGGGAUCAAUAAAUUGUAGAUGAAGUGGUAAUGGGCAAUAUAGGUAGGUUCACUAAAUAGGUAUAUUCUUGAGGUAUAUUGUUUAACGUAAAGUUUAUACUUCCUUCUAAAAACGAAUUAACAUUAGUUAGAAAUACCUUAGUUAUGACAAUGUCACGGGUAAAUAAGUGAAAUUACACGUAUAAAACACUGAUUGGAAUCGUAAGUUUCAACUGAUUCAAAACUUGAUGAUAUACUAAAAUGUCGGGCGAUCACAAAACAUUGAUAAAAGGAAGCCCGUCGCAAUACGUGAAAUUAAAUGUGGGUGGUACUUUAUUUUAUACCACCAUUGGUACAUUAACGAAAAGUGAUAAUAUGUUACGGACUAUGUUUAGUGGCAGAAUGGAAGUCCUUACUGAUUCUGAAGGUUGGAUACUGAUUGAUCGUUGCGGAAAGCAUUUCGGGACAAUCCUAAAUUAUCUUAGAGAUGGUACAGUUGCUCUGCCAGAUAGUUACCGCGAAAUUAUGGAACUUCUUGCAGAAGCGAAAUACUUCUUGAUCGAAGAGCUAACAGAGUCUUGCCAGCAAGCGUUAAGUAAAAAGGAAAGAGAGGCAGAACCUAUUUGUAGAGUCCCACUUAUCACAUCACAUAAAGAGGAACAACUUCUGAUCAUGUCCACAUCUAAGCCUGUGGUAAAACUGCUCAUCAAUAGACACAAUAACAAGUAUUCAUAUACAAGUACAUCUGAUGAUAAUUUGCUUAAAAACAUUGAACUGUUUGAUAAACUAUCGUUGCGGUUCAGUGGGCGUGUCCUCUUUAUCAAAGAUGUCAUUGGCUCCAAUGAAAUUUGUUGUUGGACAUUCUUUGGUCACGGCAAAAAGUGUGCAGAAGUGUGUUGUACUUCAAUUGUUUAUGCUACUGAUAAGAAGCAUACCAAAGUUGAAUUUCCUGAAGCUAGAAUAUAUGAAGAAACAUUGGGAGUAUUACUCUAUGAAAGUCGUAAUGGACCAGAUCAAGAAUUAAUACAAGCUACAUCAUCCAGGGGUGCAGGGGGGGUCGCUGCACUCUCUUGUACUAGUGAUGAGGAAGAAGAACGCUCUGGCUUAGCACGACUUCGAUCAAAUAAACAGAAUAAUCAAUCUUAGCGGUUACAGUCAGGCUUGGCCCGCCUACGGAGCUCUAAACGUACAAACGUUUGAUACCAAGCUGGCUGUCUUCUACCAUUAUUAUGCUGGCUGCCAUGCCUGGGCAUUUAAGACUUGACUAAACUAUUGACUUUUCUAUGAGUCUACUAUUCUUAUUCGUAAGCUCCUUGAGUGGUGAUUACAAAGUGUAGCAUUUAAUCAAAAAAGUUGGCAAAUUGGACAAUGUGUGUGUGUCUAUAAUUGUCUUUGUUUAAUUAUAUACUAGGCUGUCGCUAGUUGUUAAAAAGUAUGUAAAAUAAGAACUUACUCACAAAUUUGUCUACAAAGUGUUUGUGCUUAACCUAGGAGGAAACAAUACAAGUGCUGGAGUAUCUUAUUUCAUGUAAAUUAUACAUUAAUAAAACAAUAUAGAGAUAUAACCAUCAUUAUGGCUAGCAUAGGAAGGAAAGAAAAGGUUCGUUUGGUUUGUGUCCCAAUAAAGGACAAUAAAGAUUCAUUCUAAUUUUCAUUUUCUGCUAGACUGCAUAUCUAGUAAAUUAUUGAUCAAAGACAAUUAUAUAUUGUAUUUAGUAUGUAUUGUAAAGUAUGCAGUUUUUAAUGCAGAACAUUCCACAUGCAGUACACAU